AUGGUUCUGUUCUGGGCCUUGCCCAAGCGCUCUCACGAACAUGUUAGGGUAAACAUUCCUAAAACCCUCCGGACUUUCUGUAAGAAGUGUGGCAAGGAUCAACCCCACAAAGCAACACAGUUGGGCAAGGAUUCUCUGUAUGCCCAGGGAAAGCGGUGUUAUGACAGGAAGCAGAGUGGCUAUGGUGGGCAGACUAAGCCAAUUUUCCACGAAAAGGCUGAAACUACAAAGAUUGUGCUGAGGCUUGAAUGCCGUGAGUCCAAGUGCAGAUCUGAGAGAAUGCUGGCUAUUAAGAGAUGCAAGCAUUUUGAACUGGGAGGAGAUAAGAAGAGAAAGGGCCAAGUGAUCCGGUUCUAAGCUUCAGAUUUUGU